UCUCCACGCAACAAUGAUGCCAGUGUGCUCUCGUUGACUCUACACACGAAUCUGCACCUUUCUGCGGACUGUCAGUUUAUUGACAUAUACGACAGCUCGCCUACAGAACAUUUCGAUGUCAAAACGACAGGAGUGUAAAAUUGGAAAUAAUCCUCUGGACCAGACUUGCUACCAUGGGCAUUUUUGUGAUGCUCUCCACAACUGUAAAAUUAUUUAAUGGAGAUACAACUGAUAAGGAUGAAAAGUUGUUGAUUUGAUUGAUUUUAAUAGUUUGAAGAACAGAGAAAAAACAUGGCUUUACAAACUUCUAAUGACACUUCUUUGUCAACAUUCCUGGACUGUCUGCCACGCCUGCAGAGCAACUCAUCUGUGAAUGCAUCUGGAAAUAUUAGCAAGGAAGUUACCAAUCCCACCUGUAGCAAUGCGUCUGUCAUCACAAAACCCCCAUCCAUGCGGCAAAAAGAGAUGGACUCAGUGCGGAUCCUGCUUUAUUCUCUCAUCUUCCUGCUCAGCGUCUUUGGCAACCUUCUGAUCAUUGUGGUCCUGACGGUCAACAAGCGCAUGCGCACGGUCACCAACUCCUUCCUGCUUUCGCUGGCGGUCAGUGACCUGAUGAUGGCAGUUUUCUGCAUGCCCUUCACACUCAUCCCCAACAUGCUGGAGGACUUUAUCUUCGGAGCCGCCAUGUGUAAAACGGUCACCUACUUCAUGGGGCUCUCCGUCAGCAUCUCCACCUUCAGCCUGGUUGCCAUAGCGAUCGAGAGGUACAGCGCCAUCUGCAACCCGCUGAAGUCGCGGGUGUGGCAGACACGUUCCCAUGCCUACCGGGUCAUCGCCGCCAUCUGGGUGUUGUCGUUGGUCAUGAUGGUGCCCUACCCAGUGUUCAGCCACCUCAAGUCCUUCCCCAAACCCGACCGAACUACGGGACACAUGUGCCGCCUGGAAUGGCCAAGGGGUUGGGUGGAACAGACGUGGUACAUGCUGUUGCUUUUAAUCUUGUUCUUCAUCCCUGGGGUUGUGAUGAUUGUUGCCUAUGGACUCAUCUCCAGAGAGCUGUACCGGGGGAUGAAGUUUGAGUUGGACCAAAACAGAGAGAACAGUGCACUGAAGAAUGGCGUAAACACCACCGUGACCACCAGCAACAACGACACAGACGAUGAUGGCUGCUACAUCCAGAUACCGAAGAAGCCACCGUCCAUGGAGCUGUCCACCCUCACCACCCCUACUCCGGCCCCUCCCAAACCCAGAGUGUUCGCCGAGCACCCUCGAAGCAAUACCUCGGAGGCUAAACUCUUGGCCAAGAAGCACGUGAUCCGCAUGCUCAUCGUCACUGCCAUUCUCUUCUUCCUCUGCUGGAUGCCCCUGUACACGGCCAACACGUGGAAGGCAUUCCACAUCAGCUCAGCCCACCGGCUCCUCUCGGGGGCACCCAUCUCGUUCAUCCACCUAUUGAGCUACACAUCGGCGUGCGUCAACCCUGUUAUCUAUUGUUUUAUGAAUACACGCUUCCGCAAGGCGUUGCUCACCACCUUUGCCCACAGCCGUCCGCCCUGCUGUCGGCGCCGCCGGGGGAGGUGGAACGGCGGGGAUGAUGAGAUGACAGUGACGGGGACUAUGGGUCCUUUGUCCAUGUCCAAGAUCAGCUAUACCACAGUGAGCACCGCGGGUACCUACUGAUUCUUUGUGAAGGGGGCUAGGGGUACAGUGUCCAUAUUAGGACAGCCUCAUUCUCAGCAGGACUUCUUCCUAAUAUGGACCCUGUAUAGGGGAACACAGGGGGCKGUAGCAGUGGGUACACAGGUAGUUGUGAACAAGGAUGGCAACCGACAGAAUGCUUGUGUAUUUCUUUGCUUGUUCGCUCCUGAUUUUUUCACGUUUUAUUGUGUUACAUACUGGGAUUAAAAUUGAUUUAAUUUACAUUUUUUYAUCAACGAUCUACUCAAAGCACUCUGUAAUGUCAAAGUGGAAGAAAAUGUCUAAUGAAAAAUAAAACAGUAAUAUAUAUCGAUUUGAUAAAUAUUCACCCUCCUGAGUCAAUACAUGUUAGAAACACCUUUGGCAGCGAUUACAGCUAUGAGUAAUCUUGGUUAAGUCUCUAAGAGCUUUGCACACCUGGAUUGUACAAUAUUUGCUGAACUGAUUUAGGUUUGCCUAACAAAGGUGGUGAAUACUUAUGCAACAACUAUAUUUAGUUAUUUAAGUUUUAUUCAUUUGUACACAUUUGUAGAAUUCUCUUUUCACUUUARCAAUGGAGUAUUUUGUGUAGAUCAAUAACAAAAAAAAUUAUGCCACAAAAUGUGAAAAAAUCCAAGGGGGGUGAAUUUAUUUAUAGGACUGAUUACCUGAACAUAUAAGGUAUUUCAAAUACAAAAUGGAAUGUUUAUAUUUUAUGUAGUGCUUAAAUGUGUGUGUGUGCUGUAUAUGUAAUGUAAAUGUUUUCGUAUUUUUUAUUGUUUUUAUAAAUCAAUGCCAAACUGUAUAACACAAUGAGGAAAAGAUAGCAUAAGGCCGCAUACACUGAGUGUACAAAACAUUGUGUAUGUGUGCCAUUCAGAGGGUGAAUGGGCAAGACAAAAGAUUUAAGU